CUGCUCCUCACAUUGAGCUUCCUUUUAAGCCUUUGAAUGCACCACAUUCUCUCGAUUCCUUUUCCUCUCCUCAUCUUCAUCUUCAUCUUCAUCCUUCAAUCCAGCUUCGAUAAACAAUUAUCAACAACUCCACCUAACGACUCUCACUCCAAUCGUUUGACGACCCUUCAUCACCAACAUAACCACUACCACUUCCCUCACUCAAUAAACAAUCACAAUGGCUCGCGGCGAGACUCAGCAGACUAAGGUCCACUACAAGGGCAGCGACGACUUCAUCAUCUUCAUUGAUGAUGUUGAGACCUACCAGAAGUGGAAGACCGACAAGAGCAUUCCUCUGGCUCACUUCAUUUCUUCCUUCAAGAUCUUCCUGACGCACAACCAAGGAGCUCAGGGAAGUCUCGAUGCUGCUUCAAAGGCCGCUCUUGAGAACGAGUUUGGUACCUCUGUCGACGAUGAUGUCAUCAAGCAGAUUCUUGAGAAGGGCGACACCCAGACCGUAGAGUUCCCCGAGCGUCAAGGUCCCAAGAACGACAACAAGGGCCCUCUCCUCUCCCAUUAGAAGAAACAACAUUCUACACGAUGUACCAGACAGCAGGCGUUUGAGGGGUCCGCCAGAUUUUUGCGCGUGCAAUUGCUAGGGAAGGGUUCAUGUUACAGUAGCGGAGCUAUCGGUGAGCAACUACAAUUCAUCUGAAAUGGUUGAUGAAGUUGUCACCAGGCAAUUAGCUUGAACAACAAUCAGGUUGACGGGCGAUUGAAUCAGCUAGUAUCUGAUGCUCUGAGAGAUGGGCAGUUUUAUGAUAGUGCCUCAUGAAAUACAACCUGCCUUUGGAAUUGC